AAGUGCUUUAAUUUCGCGGGAAAUGUGAGAUUUGGCGGGAAAUCUUUAUUAUCCUUGAAACAAGAUGGCGGAGGUUGAGAUUGAACCAGAGCUUCGGGAAGCUGAAAGACAAUAUGUGGAUUUUCUUGAUGAUGGGGUCACCGAUCAAGGAAUCUACGCAGAGUUGGUUCGACAGAUGAUGGAAAAGAAGAAAUGCCGAAUCAUCGUAAAUAUAAACGAUCUACGUCGGAAAAAUGAAACAAGGGCUGUGAGAUUGUUAAACAAUGGCUUUGGUGAGUUGGGGGCUUUCCAACGAGCUUUGAAAAGUUACGUAGCUUCGAUCGACGCAACUUUUGCAAAAGAUUUCGAAGAUUUCUUCGUUGGUUUCGAGGGAAGCUUCGGCAAGAAACACGUGACCCCCCGUACGUUGACAUCGUCGUUGUUGGGGAGCAUGGUUUGUAUCGAAGGAAUCGUCACCAAAGCUUCGUUAGUAAGACCCAAGGUUGUACGAAGCGUCCACUAUUGCCCCGCCACCAAGAAAACGAUGGAUCGUCGAUACACCGACAUGACGUCAUCGAAUCCGUUCCCCUCGUCCACUGUUUACCCGACCAAAGACGAAGACAACAAUCCCCUCGAAACUGAGUUCGGGUUAUCUGUUUAUAAAGAUCAUCAAACGUUGACAAUACAGGAAAUGCCGGAGAAAGCUCCCGCAGGACAACUCCCACGUUCGGUUGAUGUUGUUGUCGACGAUGACCUAGUUGAUUGUUGCAAACCCGGUGAUCGGGUGCAAAUAAUCGGCUCGUUCCGUUGCAUGCCGGGGAAAAAAGGGGGUCAUACUUCGGGGGUGUUCAGGACAAUGCUGAUCGCGAACCACGUAAAAGCGCUGAGUAAGGAUGUUGACCCAUUGUUUACUGCGGAUGACAUCGGCAAGAUUCGUAAAUUCUCCCGUCAGCGAGGAUUUGACGUUUUCUCGGCGCUUGCUCGCUCUCUAGCGCCAUCUAUACACGGCCACGAUUAUAUCAAAAAGGCUGUGUUGUGCAUGUUGCUUGGGGGGACUGAGAAGAUCCUGGAGAACGGAACUCGUCUUCGUGGCGACAUAAACAUCUUAUUAAUCGGCGAUCCAAGCACAGCGAAGUCACAAAUGUUGCGUUACGUUUUGUACACCGCCCCGAGAGCUGUAACUACAACUGGAAGGGGAACUACAGGGGUUGGGUUAACGGCUGCUGUAACAUCGGACGAGGAGACGGGAGAACGACGGUUGGAAGCGGGGGCGAUGGUUCUCGCUGAUCGGGGGGUUGUGUGCAUCGAUGAGUUUGAUAAGAUGAGUGAUAUUGAUCGUACGGCUAUUCAUGAGGUUAUGGAGCAAGGAAGGGUAACAGUCGCGAAGGCGGGGAUUCAUGCGAAGUUGAACGCUCGAUGUAGUGUGUUGGCCGCAGCGAAUCCGGUUUAUGGAAGGUACGACCAAUACAAGCCCCCCAUGGACAACAUAGGAAUGCAAGAUUCACUUUUAUCGAGGUUUGAUCUUUUAUUCAUCGUGCUCGACCAAAUGGAACCGGAAGAUGAUCGUCGGAUCUCCGAUCACGUUCUUCGUAUCCAUCGAUAUCGCUCGCCAGCUGAGCAGGACGGGGAUCCAAUCACUGCUUCGGUCGAUGCCGAUAUUUUAUCGACGCAAGAUCCGGAUGUUGACGACGAAGAAAAAGAGGAAACUCCCGUUUACGAGAAGCACAAUCACCUUCUGCAUGGGGAUAACACUGGGCGGGGGAAAACUACCAAGUUGGUGAGCAUGGCUUUCCUCAAGAAAUACAUUCAUCUCGCUAAAGUUAUCAAACCUGUUCUAACACGAGACGCAGCUAAUUGUAUCGCUGAGGAAUACGCAAAGCUAAGGUGUCAAGACCAGGAGAACACGGAUGUUGCUAGGACGACUCCUGUCACGGCACGGACGUUGGAAACAUUGAUUCGAUUGUCAACGGCGCACGCCAAGUCCAGGUUGUCACGAACUGUGAACAUGCGCGACGCCGAGGCUGCUAUCGAGCUUGUGCAGUUCGCUUACUUUCAUAAGGUGGAAGAGAGAGAGAGGAAAAGAAGAAGGCAAAAUGAUGAGGAAGAGAAUGAAGAAGAAGAAGUUAUCAAUGGAAGUCAAACACGAAAGCGAUCCAAACAGCAUUCAAGUGAGGAUCCAUACGACUUCGAUUCAACGGAAGAUGAUUUCACACAAAUUACGGCACCGGCUGCUACGAAACCUACUGAACCAGAACAAGGAGCACCAAUUGUGGCGGAACGACUGAAAAAGUUUCGCUCGAUGUUGCACGGAAAGUUUCAAGACGCGCACACACAGAACUUGGGGGUGGAAGAGAUCCUUCAAUGGGUGAACACCAAAUCCACGGAGCCGUACAGUGAGCAUGAGGCGCGCGGGUGCCUCGCGCAGAUGAUGAACGACAAUCAAGUUAUGGUUUCCGAUGAUGUUGUGUUUCUUAUAUAAUAAUGACUAUUGUUACAUCAUGUACAUUUCUUUGUUAACCAAUAAACGUCAUUCUCGUUUAUAAUUA